AUGGUGGGCCUGAAGCCCCCCGAGGUGCCCCCGCCGGCAGCCGUGAAGUUCCUCAGCGCCGGGACGGCCGCCUGCAUCGCCGACGUCUGCACCUUCCCCCUGGACACCGCCAAAGUGCGGCUGCAGAUCCAGGGCGAGGUGCGGAUCCCCCGGAGCCCCAGCACGGUGGAGUACCGGGGCGUUUUGGGCACGCUGAGCACCAUGGUGCGCACCGAGGGGCCCCGCAGCCUCUACAGCGGGCUGGCGGCGGGGCUGCAGCGCCAGAUGAGCUUCGCCUCCAUCCGCAUCGGGCUGUACGACUCGGUGAAGCAGCUCUACACCCCGAAGGGGGCUGAGAGCACGGGGCUGGCGGCGCGGCUGCUGGCGGGCUGCACCACGGGGGCCGUGGCGGUGACGUGCGCCCAACCCACCGACGUGGUCAAGGUGCGCUUCCAGGCCCACGGGGCGCUGCCGGACAGCGCCCGGCGCUACAGCGGCACCGUGGACGCGUACCGCACCAUCGCCAGGGAGGAGGGCGUCCGCGGGCUGUGGAGAGGGACGCUGCCCAACAUCGCCCGCAACGCCAUCGUUAACUGCGGGGAGCUCGUCACCUACGACCUCAUCAAGGACGCGCUGCUGCGGGCGCAGCUGAUGACAGACAACGUCCCCUGCCACUUCGUGGCCGCCUUCGGGGCCGGUUUCUGCGCCACGGUGGUGGCGUCGCCGGUGGACGUGGUGAAGACGCGGUACAUGAACGCCGGCCCCGGGCAGUACAGGAACGUGCUCAGCUGCCUCCUGGCCCUCCUGAUGCAGGACGGCCUCGCCGGCCUCUACAAGGGCUUCGUCCCCUCCUUCCUGCGGCUCGGCUCCUGGAACGUGGUGAUGUUCAUCUCCUACGAGCAGCUACAACGUGCUGCGGUGCUGGCCCGGCCGGCUCCCCCCUGA